UAUAUUUUCUUAACGUGCGUAGGCGAAUUUCUUAAUUUUCGAAUUAAGAACAAGACAAAUUGUAUGUAAAACUGCAAUCAGUGCAAUAGCAACGGGAUACACUUUGCUUUGGGCAAUAGCAAGCGAGCGAUCGGCAGCUGCAGAUACGUCAAAAUCGCCACAAUAUGGGAAACACCGAUUCUAAGUUGAACUUUCGCAAGGCAAUUGUGCAGUUGACGCAAAAGAAUCAGAAAAUCGACAACAACGACGACCAGUUCUGGGAGCAAUUCUGGCAGGCGCACCAAACAACGCUCGAGGAUGUCUUCGCCUUGGUCACUGCUAGUGAGAUACGACAAAUUCGCAACGAUAAUCCCGCCAAUCUGGCCACACUGUGCUACAAGGCUGUGGAGAAAUUGGCCCAAGCCGUCGACAGCAGUUGCCGGACGCAGGCGGAUCAGCAGUGUGUGCUCAACUGUGUGCGGCUGCUGGUGCGCAUAUUGCCCUACAUUUUCGAGGACGAUAAGUGGCGUGAUUUCUUCUGGAGCAGCCUGCCCGCCCAGGAGCAUGCCACCAAUCCGGGCCAGACGGUGCCACUGGCCCAAUCCCUGUUAAAUGCCAUUUGUGAUUUGCUCUUUUGCCCGGAUUUCACAGUGCAGGGCACACGGCGCGCCGGUCCCGAAAAAGCCGAGGAGUUGGCCAACAUUGAUAGCUGCGAAUAUAUUUGGGAGGCGGGCGUUGGAUUUGCCCAGUCCCCGCCGAGAAAUGCGCAAAUGGAGCGUCGCCGCACGGAGCUGUUGAAACUGUUGCUCACGUGUUUCUCGGAGCCGAUGUAUCGGACGCCACAGCAAUCGGAGGAGCCCAACAAGUGGAUCGCCUACUUCACGUCGGCGGACAACAGGCAUGCGUUGCCCUUGUUCACCUCGUUCCUGAACAGCGUCUGUUCCUAUGAUCCCGUCGGCUUUGGUGUGCCCUACAAUCAUCUGCUCUUCGCGGACACCACAGAGCCGCUCGUUGAGGCCUGUCUGCAACUGCUGAUUGUCACCUUGGACCACGACAUGGUCAUCCAACAACAACAGCAGCAGCAACAACAUCAGCAUCAGCCACAGCAGCAGCAGCACCAACAGCAGCAGCAACUUACCCAUGCUGGUGGCGUGCUGGUCACGCCCUACGAUGAGGUUGGCUGCGGCGACAAUCUCUUCAUCAAUUAUCUGUCCCGCGUGCAUCGCGAUGAGGAUUUCCAUUUUGUGCUGCGCGGCAUAACGCGACUGCUCAACAAUCCGCUCGUCCAGAAUUAUUUACCCAAUUCGACGAAACGGUUGCAUUGCCACCAGGAGCUGCUCAUACUGUUCUGGAAGAUCUGUGACUACAACAAGAAGUUCUUGUAUUUUGUUCUAAAGAGCUCCGAUGUGCUGGACAUCCUCAUACCCAUCCUAUAUCAUUUGAACUAUUCGCGAGCGGAUCAGUCGCGUGUGGGUCUGAUGCACAUUGGCGUCUUUAUACUGCUGCUGCUAUCGGGUGAACGCAAUUUCGGGGUACGUCUGAACAAGGCGUAUUCGGCGACGGUACCAAUGGAUAUACCCGUUUUUACGGGCACCCAUGCGGAUCUGCUGAUCACCGUGUUCCACAAGAUCAUCGCAACGGGUCAUCAGCGUUUGCAGCCGUUGUUUGAUUGCCUGCUGACCAUUCUGGUGAAUGUGUCGCCGUAUCUGAAGACACUCUCGAUGGUGGCCAGUGUGAAGCUGUUGCAUCUGCUGGAGGCAUUUAGUACACCAUGGUUUCUGCUCUCGGCGCCGAGCAAUCAUCAUUUGGUUUUCUUUCUGCUGGAGAUCUUCAACAACAUCAUUCAGUAUCAGUUCGAUGGCAACUCGAAUCUAGUCUAUACGAUAAUACGUAAGCGUCAUGUAUUCCAUGCCAUGGCUAACUUACCCACUGAUAUGGCGGGCAUCUCAAAGUGUUUGAGUGGCCGCAAAACGGGUGGCAAAUUCAAUUUGCCACGUGUGCCGCAACGCAAACAGACGAUGCCGACGACGUCGACGAUGAGUAACCAGGAGCUGCCCUCGGCUCAUGCGCCCGAAGAGUAUGCCGACGAUGUGGAGGAUGACGAUGACGAGGAGGGGGAGGAGGAUGAAGACGACUUGAAUGUGAACCGCAUACGUUUGGAUAAGCAAACGAUUGCCGAGGAGGAUCUCGAAUCGGAAACGGAAUCCCAUGAACGUUCGCAGUUGGGCGACACCACUCAACUGCCGGAUACAGUGGCUCCGCCACUGAGCGCCCAACCCGCCGAGCCGGGCACGCUGAAAACCUCGCUGCUGGACACGCCCGAUAUUGGCCAGAUGACGGAACGCGAACAGGCGCAUCUGGACUAUGACAAACCGUCAUCGUCGUCGCCCGUUUCCACGAAAUCCAAAUCACCGACAGCAGAUGGAUCUCCGACAGAUCAGUCGCGUCUCUCGGUGGCACACCGCGCCAGCAUACGCAUGGUGCCCGGUGACGGGGAUCGUUGGACACCAACACCCGAAUGGAUUGUCUCGUGGCGCUCGAAGUUGCCGCUGCAAACGAUAAUGAGAUUGUUGCAGGUGCUGGUGCCACAAGUGGAGAAGAUAUGCAUUGACAAGGGAUUGACCGACGAGUCGGAGAUACUCAAGUUCUUGCAACAUGGCACUCUGGUCGGUCUGUUGCCCGUGCCACAUCCCAUUCUCAUACGCAAAUAUCAGGCGAACUCGGGCACCACCGCCUGGUUCCGCACCUACAUUUGGGGCGUCAUCUAUUUGCGCAACGUGGAGCCGGCCAUCUGGUAUGAUACGGAGGUCAAGCUCUUUGAGAUUCAGCGUGUCUAAGCAAACCAACUUGUAAGUGACAACAACAACAACUAACAACAAUAGCAGCAACAACAACCACAACAAGAUCAACACAAACAAGGCUUAAGCCCCAAAAAACAGAAACGCUUUUGCAUUUACUGUAGUUAAUUUAUUUAGUUCAUAGUUCAUUCCAAAAAUGUUCAAUGUUUUAAAAGAGUUUCUUUUUAUCUUUUGUUUUUGCUGAUGAAUCAGAUGAAUCAUUUAGAGGCUUUCUUUAUCAGUUAUUUCUUAUCAGCUUUGCUUUGUUUUACUGUUUCAAUCAAUCUAAUUGAUUUUUCGGGUAGAUUUACUUGAUAAAUGUUCCUUGUGCCGUAUUUGUAAUUUGCUUUUGCUUAAGUAAUUUAUGUCUAUAUAUUUAGUUUUCCUAAUUUCAACAGACUUUGGCUUAGUUGCAUUUUAUUUAAGCUUGAACUGGUGCAAUUCCUUGAAACAUUGAAUUACUACAAAUCAUAUUCCACAUCCUAAUUAAUUUAUUUAAAAAAAAAUACCAAGCUUUAUUUAUAUAGUUGUGUGUGUAAUUAAUUAGCUUAUUUAAUAUUGUGUGCAAUGUCUGUUUCUUAAUUCGAUAUAUAUACCAUUUUAAUGUGUAAUACGUAAAUUUGCUUUCUGAAAUUUAAACAAUUAUACGGAAUAUUUAUAUGUAUUCAUCAGCAUAAAAAUCAGUCAAAAUACAAAGAAAUAUUAUAUGUAUAUUAAAAAAAAAAAAAAUUCCACUAUAUUAUGAUGUGCGUAUAAAUAAAUAAAGCAGAUAUCUAAAAUAUUGAAGAGGAUUUAACUAGUUUCUCUUAAGGGAUUAAUAAACUUUUGCUUUUGCUCGACAAACAAUUCUAAACAUGACAAAGACAAACUUUCGUAAUUUAGGACAUAUAUAAAAUGCUGAAAAUUAUUUAACUAGUUUCUUUUAAGAGGCUAACAUUAUUUAUAGUUGAAAUUUCUAUAUAUUAUUAAAUUUGUGUAAUAUCCAUUUCAAAUAUAAACAACAAUUUAAAGCAGACA